UGUGAUCCCUUCCAUGACGUAGUACUCUUUGGCUCCAAAUUUGAACGGUGGGGUUAAUUUUGUUGUGUGAAAUAUUUGAGCUGUCACUUGCUUGGUGAAGUCGUCUCUGACCUUCGUAGCAAGGAAAGACGUUCGUGUCGACCAUGAAAAGAAGCUGUCCUAGGGCGAGGGUCCGCGCUGUUGUGAAGAGAUACCAGACGAACGCGAAGCUGAGCAAAAAUGCCGAGCUUGUUGUGUUCCUGAGCUACAUGUUAUUCCUGAAGCGCCUGGCUGCUGCCUCGUGUGUGGAAGCACAGCAGGACAGACAGAAGACUGUGACCGGUCAGCAUGUCAAGAAAGUCCUCAAGAAUGUCCUAAAAGCAAGUAAAGGAUGAUGCAGACAGCCAGGGAAUACAACACAAGAAUGCUGCCAUUGUCUAGCUGUACAUGCCUACUGAGAUCCGAGUCUUUCACCUUUGUUUCAGUCUGUUAGACUGGUUACCUGUAUGGUGACAUUAUUCCUUGUCAAAAUAAGACAGUUUUCACUGUUUCACAGUUUUCACAGUUUAUCAACAGUACACAUAUGGAUACCAUCAGGAACAUGCCACACUAAUGUCUGAUUAGCUUGUCUUCAUUUUUUUCACAAUGUGAAAGAUUUUAACUUUAAGUAACAAAAGCAUGUUCUUGAAAUUUUAUCAUUUUGUACUAUUAGAUGUGCAUGCCUGCCUACCUAUUGCACAGUACCAGUAUUCAAGUAUUAAUCUGAGAUACAAACAAAUCACAUGGUGAGUUUGUUACUAGUAAGAAGAGGUAGAUAUGUACAAGGCAGCCUGUAAAUAACAACAAUAUGUCACAUGAAUACUCUGUGGUAGAACUACAUGUAGUCUAUAGGAAUACUCUGUUUGCUAUUCAUGUAGGUGAAGAUUUAGAUGGGAUUCUUCAGAUUGAUCAGUGUAUUUAUGUGAUUAUCUAGAUAUCACAUUCUUGGUAGCCAUUUGUGCUUACAGUUAAAGUCUUAUAUAAACUUGUUUUCUGUACUCGUUUUUUGUUGUUGUUAAAGUUAAAAGUUGUAAAUCAAACUUAUCAAAGCUUUGUACCGGUAUUACAAAUCUUUGGAAGUGUCAUCAAGUCUGUAACAUAUAUGUACAUGUAGAAAGUAGUUGUAUGUACAUUACAAUAAGGCUAUUUGUUUUGGAAGAAUUCAAGUCCAAAUCUUUAUACAUGCUUGUGUACAAGUACACAUAGGAUUACCAAGCAAUUUGAAUUGCCUGUAAUCUUGAAACAUUUUUGUACAAUCCUU